AUGCGACUUUCACGUCAGGAAGAGGACGAGGAAGAACGCGAAGAGCGGCUGGCUCAAAACGCUGAGAGGAUGCGACUUUCACGUCAGGAAGAGGACGAGGAAGAACGCGAAGAGCGGCUGGCUCAAAACGCUGAGAGGAUGCGACUUUCACGUCAGGAAGAGGACGAGGAAGAACGCGAAGAGCGGCUGGCUCAAAACGCUGAGAGGAUGCGACUUUCACGUCAGGAAGAGGACGAGGAAGAACGGAAGCACGGCUGGCUCAAAACGCUGAGAGGGUCCGACUUCUACGACGGCAGGAGGACCAGGAACAAUGGGAAACGCGCCUUGCAGAGGACGCUGAGAGAGCACGAGUUCGAAGGCAGCUGGAAGGUGAGGAGCAUAGGAUAG